GUCGUUCUUCAGCGAGACCAAAUCCAGCGAAUCGCGCAUGAACUCGCCCCACGUGGAACCUGCUGGCACUGCCGUGGCCGGGACGACGAUGGUGCAAGAAGAACCUCCGAUAGUAAGCCUGAUCACUUCAACGUACCAAUCCGGAACAGAAGGGGAUAGCGCGGCGCAUAUGAAGCAAUAUGACACUACUUCUCCGCACCAGCACGCCGGAUCAGCGCAGCAACUACAGGGUCAACAACGUCCAACAUCAUCUGCAGCAAACUCACCCGUACCCCUGUACGCCACGAGCUACAACGACAACAUCUUUAUUUCUACGCCGA